AUGGCUAGUCAGAGAAAGUCGCACGUUUUUCGUGUAACGGGCCUUUCGCGAGAACGGCCCGAUGGGGAUCUCAAGACCGCAUUACAAGAGGCGCUCAAUGACAACUUCGUGGACGACGAGAAAUCGCACAUCAAAGCUGAGAUCACGAUCGUGCCUUCAUGCUAUGAAAGUGACACGGAGAGGGCGGCGCUGGUGCAGUUCCGCGGUGGGGUGCCUCAGUUUCUCCGUGAGCUGAGAGUUGACCCGCUUGGAGGCUGGCAGAUCGAGAUGGGAGAUGAUGACAUCAGCUUUGACUGUCACUUCUUUGGAUUCACACAGCUCUACACGCCAGACAAGAAUGAGCCUGUGGUUGCCGAUAUCAUUGCGAUUGCCGGACUGGAUGGACAUGCGUAUGGAUCAUGGCAAGGGAGAGGAAAUCUUGGUCGGAUGUGGCUCCGGGACUUUCUGUCAAAAGAUCUUCCGCAGUGCCGCACGAUGAUCUACGGAUACAACUCCAAGCUGUCGAGCCACGGAGUCGAUACGAUCCUCGAUUACGGGCGGGAGCUGAUGGAGGAGAUGAAGCAAAUCCGGGACACGAAGGAGCCGCAGCAGAGACCUCUCAUCUUCAUCGCACACAGCUUUGGAGGCAUCAUCUUGGCUCACUGCUUAGUGAGGGCCAUCCAAACCAUGGAGGAAGACCACCCGACAAUCACGUCCCUACAUCGAGCCACAUACGGCAUGAUGAUUUUCGCCAUCCCACAUAAAGGAUUGGUGAUAGACGAUAUCCAACAGAUGUUGGCCAGCGAUGGACGCCAUCCGCGAGGACAGUUGCUGCAGCAAAUUUCCAGUAAAUCGGAUCUAUUAAUCCAUCAACUGGCCGAUUUCAAAAAUUUGAUCCGGGACCGUAAAGUGGUCAGCUUUUACGAGACGGAGCAGACGAGGCGGUUGAUAUUGGUAUAUUGUGACUCGGAAAGCAGACGGUGGAAACGCACGGGGGAUUUUAUGAUGACGGUUGGCACAGAUUCGGCGCUUCUCCAGCUCCCCGACCACGUCGAGGACAAGGUACCGCUGCAUGCAGAUCACUCGAUGAUCGUCAAAUUCGACACGCGCAAUGCGGCCGGGUAUCGAACGGCGCUUGAUAAAUUGCGACAGUUCGCAAAAGACGCGCCCCCGGUGGUGGCGGCUCGAUUCACGCAGACGCGUCCAAAGCCCCAGCCGUGCUCCACGGUACCUUUCGAGAAAGAUCUGCUGUUUGUGGGCCGUGAGUCGGUCAUCAGUGCGAUCAAGAAAAGACAUAUGGCGAUCGGCCAGCGUCAUGAACGGAUGGCAUUGGUGGGAUUGGCCGGCGCUGGAAAAACACAGAUAGCAAUCGAGUAUUCGUAUCGUGUGCGGGAAUCCACACCGGACACAUGGAUUUUUUGGAUCCACGCCAGCAAUGCGGCGCGGCUGGAACAGGGUUAUCAGCAGAUUGCCGCAGUUGCAGAGAUUACAGGACGGGACGAUCCGAAGACCAACCUUUUCCAGCUCGUGUAUCAGUGGUUAUGUGAUGCACGCAAUGGACGCUGGCUGAUGAUACUAGAUAAUGCGGAUAACGACGAUGUCUUUUUUGGUGGGAAUGGAUCUAAUCAACGAGGGCCGCUGGUGAGGUUCCUGCCACAGGCCGCGCAUGGAUCCAUACUGAUCACAUCGCGAAAUGGUCGUGCGGCGCGGAAUCUGGUGGGGAACGAUUGUCAUGUGAUCAUGGUGCAACCAAUGAAUGGGGAAGAAUCCCUCGCACUCCUUCGGGCGAGAAUUUCGGCCCCGCAAUCGGGAGAGUCUGGAGGCGACGAGAGGGCACUGGUCCAGGCACUAGAGUAUAUCCCAUUGGCUAUCACACAGGCUGCGGCGUAUAUUGCCAACCGCUUGCCCCUUCUUACAGUAUCCGUGUACCUUCGACUUUUCUAUGAAAGCGAGUCGAAGCGGACACGGCUUCUCCAAAAUGAGGAUUCGGCUGAUCUCCGGCGCGAUCCCAGCAUUCGAUAUGCAGUGAUCACAACAUGGCACCUAUCAUUUGAACAGGUCCGCCAGGAGCGGCCCGCGGCGACCGAUCUUCUGGCGUUAAUGAGUAUGUUUGAUCGACAGGGAAUUCCUGAAGACCUGGUCCGCGAUCACGCUCAAGAUACCCUGGACUUUCACGAUGCCUUGACCCCGCUACUCAGCUAUUCUCUGGUGCGACUGAAGACAAACGAAACGCUGUUUGAUAUGCACCGCCUGGUACAGUUAUCGGCCCGGGCAUGGCUGGGCAAGCAUCAGGAGCUUCACAACUGGCAGGCCAAGUCACGGGAGAUCAUGGUACGAGCAUUUCCGGAUGGCAUGUACGGAAACUGGGCAAAAUUUCAUUCGCUCCUUGCGCAUGCCAGAAGUGUGCUGAAGGCUAUCAAUGACGGAGAUGAUGAAGAUCGAUUAAAUGCUGCCACUCUUUCAUCAAAUUGUGGAUGUUUUCUGGGUCUCCAAGGAUCUUAUAAAGAGGCAGAAUCAAUGCAUCGACGGGCGUUGGAAGCACGCGAGAAAGUGCUUGGCCGCGAGCAUCCCUCCACGCUUACCAGCGUCAGUAACCUCGGCUUGGUUCUUGACAGCCAAAGGAAAUAUGAUGAGGCGGAAUCGAUGCAUCGAUGGGCGUUAGAAGCAAGAGAGAAGAUGCUUGGACACGAGCAUGCCGACACACCCACCAGUGUCAGUAAACUCGGAUUAGUGCUCUCGAACCAGGGAAAAUAUGAAGAGGCGGAAGCGAUGUAUCGACGAGACUUAGAAGGGAUUGAGAAAGUGCUUGGACGCGAGCAUCCGGAAACAGUCACCAGUGUCAAUAACCUUGGCUUGGUUCUUGACAGUCAAGGGAAAUAUGAAGAGGCGGAAGCGAUGCAUCGACGAGCGUUGGAGGCACGAGAGAAGGUGCUUGGACGCGAGCACCCCUCCACGCUCACCAGUGUCAAUAACCUUGGCUUAGUGUUUGACAGGCAAGGGAAAUAUGAAGAGGCGGAAGCCAUGAAUCGACGGGUACUAGAGGGAUAUGAAGAGGCGCUCGGACGUGAACAUCCCUACACGCUUGAAAGUGUCAGUAACCUCGGCUUAGUGCUUGAUAGUCAAAGGGAAUAUGAAGAGGCGGAAGCGAUGCAUCGACGGGCGUUUGAAGCAAGAGAGAAGAUGCUUGGAAACGAGCAUCCUGACACGCUCACCAGUGUCAAUAAGCUUGGCAAUGUGUUUGACAGGCAAGGAAAAUAUCAAGAGGCGGAAGCAAUGCAUCGACGGGCGAUGGAAACUCGCGAGAAGGUGCUGGGACGCGAGCAUCCUCGCACGCUUAGCAGUUCUAGUAAGCUUGCCUCAGUGCUUGACAGGCAAAGAAAAUAUGAAGAAGCGGAAGCGAUGCAUCGCCGGGCGUUGGAAGGAUAUGAAGAGGUGCUUGGACGCGAGAAUCCUGACACACUCGCCAGUGUAAACAACCUUGGCUCGGUGCUUGACAGCCGAGGCAAAUAUGAAGAGGCGGGAGCCAUGCAUUGA